AUGUACGCCCUCUCGGAGAACCGCAAGCACAAAGUGCUAAAUCUGACAUUCGAAACAUCCGCAUCCGAAGAGCAAGACCUUGAGCAAACAGGGAGCCCUACAUCAAAUCAUACGAUACGCGAUCCGCUUGCGCUUCUAUUCAUCAAGGCUGCAAUCAUCGUGGCCAGGAUCAGAAUUGGAUGUGUAGCUAACAGACAGACGCAGUGUAUUGACAAACCCCCCGUUCGUACAGAUCCUCCUCAGAGGUAUCCGUUUUCUGCUGAGAAUUUCCUUUCCGCUCCCCCACUUUACGGAGCUUUCGCAGUGGUACUUGGAUUUGCGUGA